GCUAUCAGCUAGGGGCUGUGACCAGCGACUGGCGCAACACGGCUCCAGCUCAGUUCUUCGUCCACUGCAAGCACGAUCUCUCCUAAAACGCUUGCAAAUAGCUAGCUCCAACCAGACACAGGCGCAUACAGAUGUUGCAGGAACGAGCACGAGCGGGAGGGAGGAGCGGCCCAUCACCAUGUCCACUGGGGAGUGGGGCGAGGAGCUGUACUUCGACUGGGAGUACAACUCUCAAAUAUGCUACCGCCAGAAGGGAGAGUCCGGCCCGCCCAUUCUGAUGCUCCACGGCUUUGGAGUGGGCAGCUGGCAUUUCCACCGCAACUGGGAGGACCUGCAGCACGACCACCGCGUGUGGGCGGUGGACCUAUUGGGGCAGGGCCGUAGCUGGCCGGCCCAGCCUGUGUCGACCUCGGACGCCGCGGGCAAGCUGUUCUUCAGCGUGGACACCUGGACGCGGCAGCUGGAGGCGUUCCUGGAGCAGGUGGUGCGAGAGCCCGCGUACGUGGCCGGCAACUCCCUCGGAGGCUACCUGGCCGUAAUGCUGGCCGCUCGGCGGCCCGACCUGGUCAAGGGGCUGACGCUGCUAAACGCAACGCCCUUCUGGGCCUUCCGGCCGCCCCGCGCGUCGGCCCAGGCGCGCAGCUGGCUGUGGCGGGCACUGGACCGCGCGGUGGACGGCUCCGUGCCCGUGCCCCACUCCCUCAAGAGCGUCAUUGAGCGCUACUGGUGGGACACGCUGCGCUCGCCCGCCACCAUCAGCGCCAUGCUGCAGCUGGUGUACGCCGACAAGAGCCCGCCCGACCCGCCGCUCAUCAGCCGCAUCGUGGAGGCCACACAGCACCCGGGCGCACUGGACGCAUUCACAAGCAUCGUGCUCAGCCCCAAGGGUGAGCUGUCGUUCGACGAGCUGCUGGACCGAUUGGCCUGCCCCGUGCUGCUGCUGUACGGUAAGGAGGACCCCUGGGUGCGGCCGCUGUGGGGGCAGCGCCUCAAGCGGCGGCUGCCCGAGGCCAUGUACCUGGAGCUCAGCCCCGCAGGGCACUGCCCGCACCACGAGACACCGGCGGCGGUGAACCGCGCGCUGCGGGCGUGGGUGGCGGCGCAGGAGGCCCGGCCACAGCCGCAGCUCGCCCUGGCUGCGCCCUCGUUAUCCACAACAGCUGGCGCCGGCGCCUCAGCGACAGCAGCCGGGGCCUCAGCCGCCUACAGCUACGGCCCCGUGGCAACGCUCGACACGGUGGCGACGCCACUGCGGGAGCCGGCUGAGGUGGUGGGGGCGCGCAUGGGUCUGCCGCUGCACUCCAGCUGGGAUGUGACGGAGGCGGACGGGCGCCACAUCACCAUCAGCCACAUAGAGGGCUCGCCGCGCAGUGUGGCGGAGCAGCUGGACUACGCCGUGUGGAUGUGGCUGGGCAGGGCGCUCGGGGCCGUGGGCAGCAGCGGCACCGGCAGUGCCAGGGGAAGUGGGAGCGGCAGCAGCGGCGCGGCGGCGUGAUGGGAGUGAUACCGCACCGUGUUCCUGUGGCGCGUGCAUUGUGGUCUUGUAAAUGCUUGCCGUGUUGGGUGGAGGUAUACAAUAAUAAUUUGUGGCGGUGUAAAGGAUCCUGUUCGUUGGUCGGGUACCGCAUGAACAGUGAGUGGCUCGUGCACGCGGGUGCAUCGUGUGAGCAGUGUGAGGUCGGCGUUGCAGAGCGUUGCGCAGGAAGGUCGUAUUGGCACUGCACUCUAUUUGUCGAAAUUACAGUAUACACUUGGUGUGCGCAAAAAAGAAGUAUGAGCAUGGUAUAAAUGGAAGAUCAAUCAGCAGCGCGCCAAUCCAGGACAUCGGGGUGCUCUGCAAAGCACGCUUGCGUGUGUGCAUUGCCGUGCCGCUUGUAGCGAGUUGUAGCGAGUCUGCGCAAGUGCGCUGUUUGCCAGUGCAGCGGUUUUGCAAAGGUGGCUUAUCAUCAUGUAGCGAGGGGUGCGUAAAUACUACUACGAGCUCAGGGAAGCUGGCUCAAGUACGAAGCGUGCCCCGGUGGUCGGCGGACCGUUGAACAGGCGGUCGUGAGGCUCGUUAACUGGCUGCCCC